AGAAUAUCAUGUUUGAAUUUUUACGCAAGAUUUGUCGUGACUUCUUGGUCCACAUAUUUUGAAUUUUGGCUGCAAUGAAGAUGAAAUUUGUUACAUAGCAAGAACUUUGAUCCGAAGAAAAUUUGUUCUGUUUCUUACUUUGUGUUGAUACAAAUUCUACAUCACAUUGCAGUUUUAUUGAGUUUAUACACGAAUAUUACAUUUCAUCUUCAUAGUCAUAACGACUUCUUUGAAACUUAAACAAACCUUGAUUAAGAAUAGCGUAAUUUGAGUAAAGUAACCUGAAAUUACCAAAAAUGAACAAGAAGGAAGAGGAGGAACCACGAUCAUCGGAUACAACGAAGGACAUACGAAAAGCGAAACAAGAACGAGGAAACGCAAAAAGGAAGUUUACUAGGAAAAUGUUGGGCUUCCGCGACAUGAUUGAAAAGGAUGGUCCACUAAUGGCGAUCCAAGAAAAAUUUGAAGACAUAAAGGACUCGUACCGCCAACUCGAAAAGUGUAACGACUUUGUCAACGCUGCAAUUAAUGAAACUGGGCCACAUCAUUUGAUUGAUAAAUUAUUGGAAGAAAGUGACGAAUAUAUGACUGAUAUUGAAGCAAACAUGGAUGAAGUCAGAAUGCAAUUUGCAACUAAAAAUCAAAAGGAACAUGCUAAAAUUUCAGAAAUAAGAGUCAAACCUCUAAAUGCGCCGCAGUUCUCUGGCAAUAUCCGGCAAUAUUCCAGUUUCAAGCAAGAUUUUGAUAGGCUAAUGAAAAAACAGUUUGGAAAAGACGCGUAUGCCUUACGACAAUGUUUAACGGACGACGCAUUGGAGACGAUCAGAGGAGUAGAAGACGAUUUUGACGAAAUGUUUCGGCGACUCGACGCGAAGUACGGGGAGCCACGAAAAUUAGUUGAUUCAAUCAUACACGAAAUUAAAGUGUUAAGACCUAUCGCUGAAGGAGACCACGUUAAAUUUAUUCACAUGGUGGAUAUAGUAGAGAAGAACUGGUUGGAGCUGAACAGAAUGGGAAUGGGAAAUGAGAUGGACACAACAACAAUGGUAACGAUGAUAGAAAGGCUACUUCCGAUGACGCAGAAACGGGAAUGGGUCACAUUACUGGACCGGCGAGAACAUUUAGAUGCACCAGGCGGUUCGAUAUUUCUAAAACUUUUAUCAUAUUUACUUCAAGAAAAAAGGGUAAUAGAAUAUAUGGAAAAUGACGUACGAAAUCCAACCGCUUCUAAAUCGAAAUUCACUAGCAAAACAGUGCAUAACGUUGAAGUCGAUACUGCGAAGCGGAACAGCGAAACGAACGACGAUUCCAAGGAACCAAACGAAAUGAAAACGAACGAUUCUCAGAACAACAUGAUUCAACUAUGUAAUCAAGUUCAAAACAUGACCGAACGCAUUGAACAUUUAUUUAACGAUCGAACGAAACGAAACAACGAACCCAAUCAAAAGAAACAACUCUCCAGUACCGACAACAAGAUUUGUUGGAUACACAAGACAGACGCACAUCCAAUUUAUAAGUGUAACGCAUUUUUAAAAUCAAGUCAUGAAGAGAAACUUUGCAGUCUAAAACAAAAUGGAGUGUGUUUUAAUUGUUUGAAGCAAGGACAUAUAGCCAUGGCAUGUCCUUUUGUCAAUCAAUGUGACAAACUAAAUCAUCUGCGACAAAAAUGCGGCAAGCGCCAUCAUCCCUAUCUGCAUCUUGACAGAGCUCCAGCCAAUGAUUCCACAAAUCACAAUGCGAUUCACAUGGCUAGAAGGAAAACACAAGAGCCAUUACUUGCAGUUAGCCAUGUCAUAUGCAACGAGAGAAAAAUUGCGGUGUUAUGGGAUUCCGGAGCGAAUGUGUCACUUAUCGAUCGGAAAACUGCAGCUACAUUAAAUCUCAAUGGUAUAGAGGUUGAAUUAUCGAUCACGAAAAUUGGCAAUCAAUCUCAGGCAUUGACCACUAAACGAUACGUCGUUCCUCUAUAUGACGAAGACGGAAAAUGUUGGAAAAUCCAUGCAUAUGGAAUAGAAGAGAUUACAGCAGAAUUACAGGAAAUCGACAUGACCAAUAUUGCAAACAUGUUUCAUAUUCGACCAGAUGACAUCCAAAGACCACACG